UUUUACUAUUUUUAUUCCGGCAACACUGUGGCUACGUAACAUCCUUUUUGGUGAAAUUUCUUUAAAGGAAGAUUGUCUUGUACGUUUGUCAUCGUUUGAUAUUAGAAAAAAAUAUAUCAAAAUGACUUUUGGUGAUUUGAAAACCGAAAAAGGAGUAAAGGAACUAAACAGCUUCCUGGAAGACAAAAGUUAUAUUAGCGGGUAUGCCGUGAGUCAAGCAGACAUUGAUGCUCUUGCCCAACUAGCCAAAGCCCCUGGUGCUAACUUGCCUCAUGCGCUACGUUGGUAUAACCACAUCAAAUCAUUCUCUGCUGACGAACUCAAGAAAUUUGGCGUAUCAGGUGCCAGUCCUCUGAAAACAGCAGGUACAACCACAGCUAAGGACGAUGACGACGAUGUAGACCUCUUUGCUUCCGAUGAGGAAGAAGAUGAAACAGCAGCCAAGGUACGAGAAGAAAGGCUCAAAGCAUAUGCAGACAAAAAAUCUAAGAAGCCUGAACUCAUUGCUAAGUCCAGCAUUGUACUUGAUGUUAAACCGUGGGAUGAUGAAACUGAUAUGAAAGAAUUGGAAAAAGCCACUAGAACUAUUGAGAUGGAAGGUUUGGUUUGGGGAGCGUCCAAACUGGUUCCGGUUGGAUACGGUAUCAACAAACUUCAAAUCAUGUGUGUAGUUGAAGAUGCCAAAGUUUCCGUUGAUGAGUUGGUAGAGAAAAUACAGGAGUUCGAAGAUUUUGUCCAAUCUGUGGACAUUGCUGCUUUCAAUAAGAUUUAAUUUUAUUGUUCGAUAUUGUUUUAUUAAAUUCAUGAUUAAGUCAA